GAGUGCGCUGACGUCAGGGGGCGGGCAGUUGUGGCUCAGUUUCGGUGCUGUUUCCGUGUUCGGUGAUAUUGGUUGGAACGAUCGGGAAGACUCUGUACAAGUCCGCUGUGUUCUCCGGAUACCAUGAACAGAAUAUUCGGGAAGGGGAAGCCGAAAGCCCCCCCGCCCAACCUGACGGACUGCAUCGGAAAUGUCGACAGCAGAGCAGAGUCAAUUGACAAAAAAAUAGCACGGCUUGACGCAGAACUGGUAAAGUACAAAGACCAGAUGAAGAAGAUGAAAGAAGGUCCAUCCAAGAAUAUGGUCAAGCAAAAAGCCUUGCGGGUUCUUAAGCAGAAAAGAAUGUAUGAACAGCAAAGAGACAACUUAAACCAACAAUCCUUCAACAUGGAACAAGCCAAUUAUACCAUUCAGACACUAAAAGAUACCAAAACAACGGUGGAAGCAAUGAAAAUAGGAGCCAAGGAAAUGAAGAAAGCAUACAAGCAAGUCAAAAUAGAUCAGAUUGAGGACUUACAGGAUCAGCUGGAAGAUAUGAUGGAGGAUGCAAAUGAAAUCCAAGAAGCUCUGAGCCGUAGUUAUGGAACACCAGAAAUUGAUGAAGAUGACCUUGAAGCAGAGCUUGAUGCACUGGGAGAUGAACUGCUGGCUGAUGAAGACACGUCAUACUUGGAUGAAGCAGCCUCUGCCCCAGCUAUACCAGAGGGAGUUCCCAGUGAUUCCAAAAACAAGGAUGGUGUGCUGGUAGAUGAAUUUGGCCUACCACAGAUCCCUGCUACAUAA